AUGAAUCUAUUCGAGGCUAUUAUCGACCAGAAGUGGCCUAGGAGGUUUAGGCUGUGGCUGUUUGUCAUCCAUUGCUGCUGCAGGCCAAAUCGUGUAGCACUCGGCGAGAUCUUCUUCACACGGCUUUACGAGGGUUACAUCUUCAACGCUAGACGGUUUAGUUCAUAUUCAACCGGUGUUAGUGUCUUCUCCGUAUAUAGCCAGAAAAAUGAAGCCUGGUCUAGCACCGAAGAUUGGGUUCUUAACGACAUGCUGUUAAGGCAGACUAAGAAAACAGAGGAGCGGAAGCAAGAGGCCGUUGUUAAAAAAGUGAGAGCAGAAACUAAUACGAUGCUCAAGCAGAUUGUAGAGCUGCAAGAGGAGAUUGAAAAGGGCGAGGAGCGGCUCGCUUAG